AUGUCUCCUUCCUCAUCCACCCUCCCAAACCCAGGCAAAUCACUACCAUCCCGCCAAAACUCAAUCAAGAAACACGCAGCAGAAGACUCGCUCUCAGCUCCCGCAAACAAGCCCGUUCCUACUCCACGCACUCAUUCUCCAGUAACUGAAUCUCAUAACCCAGCUUACACAGUUUUCAUUCGCCUCCCUUUCAACAGAAAUGGUUUCGAAGACCCCCCACCGGUGCACUGGGAUGCUUCAAAGGAUCGACAAUUAUGGAGACUCAUCUCCAAAUCCAAUUCUGGUAACUUGGACUGGGAGGCGCUGAGCGUACAGCUGGAGGUGGAGUUGAGCUUUCUGCUCAUGCAGGCUGCCUGGCUAUACGAACGGCAUACGGAGAGGAUGAGGAAGUUGGUGGUGAAGAUUGGCGGUGAAGGCAGUGGGAGUGGAAGCGGGGUCGGAGGAGCAGAUUCGAAGCUGCCGGCACAGGACAUCGGAUCUGGAACUGCGGAGACGAUAAGGGGCGGUACUGCUGUUACACCCACGGCUGGCCUUUCGAGGACGGCUUCUGCGGCAACCGUGACGAUGAGUAAAGACGGGACGACGAACGUGCAACACAGACCCUUUCGUGCUGGAAGUACUUCCGGAGGACGUCGACCMGCUACCAUAGCGCGUGGUCCGCGAGACGAGUACUACGAAGAUGCGAUUGAGCACGAAGGUGUUGAAGACGCAUCCGAUUCCGAGGAUGGCCUUCCUACUUUCGGGAGAAGCCAAGCUGCCCGGCGCGUAAAGAAGACUGCUAUCAAACGCUCCGUACAUCUCAGCUCGGACGGCGACGACGAUGAGUACUCCUCGGGUGGAGGCUAUCUCCCAUUCGCCACAGCAUCCGCUAUCAAAGCCGAUCCCAAGAGAAGUGCGGAUCAGGCUGUGACAAUGACCAGGCGGAACCCUCUUGCUCAACCUCAACAGAAGGAAACCCCACGAAAGGAAUCCUCCACGUCUUCGGCGGAGCGUCAGGACCUCUCGAGCUCCGGGAUUGGAACUGCAGCUGCUAUUAGUCCUAGACAUCGUGCGCAGCUAGUAGGACUGUCCCCUCGAGGCAGCGAGGGCAGUCCGAGCAUGGGUAGUAGCUUUAGUGAUCUGGAUGAUGCGAGCGUUACGCAGUCUGCGUUGGAGGAUGCUCUGUUGAGUAACAUGAGGCAGCAGGGCGGCGGUGGGAGUUCCAUGGCGAGUCGGAUUGGGAGCAUCAGGGAUGUGCUUGGGAGGAGGGGUCUGUAG